AUGAAGGCCGACGUCCUCUUCGCAGAGCUGUGCCCGGGCAUGACGGUGGCCGAGUACUGCCUAGCGCCGCCAGCCGAUGGCGUGUGCUGCGGGAUCUGCCCGAAUGCCGGGAUCAGCGGCCUAGGCGGGCACAUCUCGCUCGCCUUCUCGUCCUUGUCAUCGAUCGCCGCCAUCGCCAUCGCGCCCGCAUCUGCGCCUUCUUCGCUCCUUUCGAACCUGAUCCAGGCCAAUGCCUACGCCGUGUCGCUGCUGGGCUACCUCCUCUCGGACUCGAGCGACUUUUUUCACGCGGCGUAUGCGCUCUUGCUCGCCUUCUCGAGCCUCAUUCCCCUAGCGGCAAUAGGUCCGUCGCGCUCUAUUGCCGUCAGCCCUCCCUGGGCCGUCACGGGCCAAAAGUCGCCGCAAGAGCGCAAGGACGAGGCGCAGCAACUCGUCCUUGACGUCCUCGGCGAGAUGGAGCGCGGUCACGGCUCGUCGAGCGACGACAAGCGCUCGCUGCGGCACCGCGGGCGCGGCCGCCUGAGCCGCAGGCGGCUCGCGCGCGUCAUCGACGACAACCCGUCGCUCGUGCUCGACCUCGGCGGGUCGCGCCCGCCGUGCUGCGGCAUCCUGGGCAGUCACUGGACCCUGUACGUCGGAUUCGGAGCGAGCGUCUUGAUCUGGGGCGCGGCGCUGUUCUUGGGCGACAUCGGCUUCAUGAUGCUCGGCGUCGCCAUCUUCAUCGCGACCGUCAUCAACCACCUCAUGCGCGACGUCGCCGACGCCUUGCAUCGAGAUGUCAUCACGACUUACAGCGGCUCGCCUCGACUCGUGUUCGGCGUCUCGUUCCUCAUCUGGCUCGUGUGGAUGGUCGUGUCGUUCUCGGUCUACUUCCUCGCCGCCAACCAGAACGUCCUCGCGGCCGGCGAGUUCAGCUGGUCGUUCGGCCAGACUUUUUCCGCGCUCAUGAUCACUCUGCCCGUCUACUCUAUCGUCAAAGCGGCGUGGUCGCAGCGGCGGUGAGGGAGGAGGCGCAGAGGUAGCAUUGCGAGCUCGUGUUGUACUGCAGGCUCGGUGCCCUCAU